UCAGCCUAAAAUAGAAACAUCAUGACCAUCAUAUCGGAGAGCGAGUGAGGAGGAGGACGAGGAGGAGGACGGGGAGGACAGACCUGCUACACUUUGGCCUCCAUCCAUACUUCACACCUAAUCUAUAUUAUCUUUAGCCUGCAUGUUGACACAUUCCGGAUGCUCUCAGCAAAUAACCACAGAAACAAAAGGAAAAAUAGAAAACCAGUGCUUCUCUUUGUGGUUGAAAUCUGACACUGUGGGCUGUGGUGUCGGUGAGCAGUGAGAGGGUGAUGGGAGAAGAAAUGCUGGGUGUCACUCCUUACUGUCACUGCCGAAGUGCACGUCCCACCGUGUAGCUGGUCACCAAGCUGGGAAUUCACUUCAAUUAGUAGUUCAGCAGUGGCUUCUGGUGAACAUGAACAUCCUGCAAGUCCUGGGGCUCCUACAGCUGCUGGCCGUGCCUGCUUUUACACUGACACGUUCGACCCAUGACUACUGGGGAGAGUUUGGAGCCUUUGGACCCUGCAGCCGCAGCUGUGGCACAGGAGUGGCAGUGAGAACCAGGAAAUGUAUUACUUCAAGGACAGAUGGUGGACAUAACUGCAUAGGAUCCUCCAAAUCAUUCUGCACCUGUAAUACACAUGAAUGCCCAGUCAGCUCGAGGGAUUUCAGGGAGGAGCAGUGUUCCCACUUUGACAGAAUGGACUUUCAUGGAAAACACUACACGUGGUUGCCUUACUAUGGAGCUAAUCCAUGUGAGCUCAACUGUGCCCCACGAGGAGAAGAUUUCUUUUACCGACACAGAUCUGCAGUGGUAGAUGGGACACCAUGCUACGUGGGCCGCACUGAUAUCUGCGUGGAUGGCGCCUGCAGGUCAUUGACCCGUGGAGAGUUUAUGGGCUUGGAUGAAGACACUAACUCAGUCCACUCCUCUGCUCCUGUUGUGGUUGCUCCCCCCCAUCCAAGAGAGACAUUCACCUAUGUCUACAGAACUAGUGGGUAUGGCGAGUGCACUGCCACAUGCAGCGGAGGCGUUCAGUAUCGCAGUGUGGAGUGUACAGUUGAAGACCCAGUGAACCCCCGUGUGGUCGAUGAGUCUUAUUGCAUUUCCCAGCACUUGCAGAGGCCACUGAGUCAGCAGGCCUGCAACAUGCAGCCAUGUGCUGCAGAGUACAGUGUCUCCAGCUUCAGUGUGUGUUCAGUGACCUGCGGGGAAGGACAGCAGACAAGAGAGGUUGUCUGUGUGGGACCGGGAGGUGAACGUCUGCCAGAUCAUGCCUGUAGCGGAUUGGUUCGACCUGCUUCUGUUCAGGCCUGCCGCAGACCUGCCUGUUAUACACGUAUAACCUGGCAUAUGACAGAGUACGGACUGUGCUCGAGAAGCUGUGGUGGUGGCGUGAGGGAGAGGAGAGUUGCUUGUUUUGACACGGAUUUGAACCCAUACCCAGAGGAUCGUUGUGGAUUAGCUAACAAACCAGAUUCUGUGGAGGAAUGCAACACACAGCCCUGCCCUGGAGCACAAAUGGUCCCAAGCACACAAGACCCAAGGCCAGGUAGAAGCACCAUUAGAGGAUAUGUGCCCCAUGUUCCAGAAGAACCUUCAGUUUCAAGGCCAGAUACAAACUCUGUGUCUGACCCUUACCCUCAUGAGGUGAGACCUCACUGUGUGCAGUCACCUUAUGGCUGCUGUCCUGAUGGCCGUACCUCUGUCACUGGGCCUAGGAACCAGGGCUGCUCACAGGAUGACUGUGUCCGCACCAGGUAUGGUUGUUGUUUGGAUGGUGUGACACCGGCUCAAGGAUUUGGACAGGCUGGAUGUCCUGAGUACCAGACUGUGCACCCAUCGCCCACUCCUUCAGCCAUUGGGAAUAUGUGCUCCCUGCCUCGUGAUGAGGGCCCCUGUGAAACUUGGAAGGUCCGGUUCUUCUAUAACCCUGGCACUGCCAAGUGCACUGAGUUCUGGUACGGAGGCUGCCAGGGCAAUGCCAAUAACUUUAUGUCCCUGGAGGCAUGCCAAAGAGAGUGUGGAGGUGUGGUGAGAGGGCCUGUUUACACACCUCCAAGAGAAACUCCAAGAGAAACUCCUAGAGAAACUCCAAGGAGAGCGACACUCAGGGACCUUCUGAGAGCAAGGCCAUAGCCCGACACACCACUGAUAUCUCCAGUACAGGGGAUAGCUAAUGUGCCCACUCAUGUCACCAAUUUGAAGCAAAUCAAGUGAUUUUGGUACACACAUGUAGUCUAUAGUGUACACAAAAAAUGAAAAAGAAAAACUAGCCACAUUCUGUGUAUCUGACUUGUAUAAUCAUCACAACAUUUCUAGCUCUUGGUUCGGAUUUCAUGGUCUUUUUUGUCUUUGGAUGUUUUUGUGAUCUUCACUAUAUCCAUUUGUUUUUUUGCCUUGUGGGUCAGGAUUGAAACCAAAAUAAUAUCAGUGUGCUUACCCAAGUUAAAUCAUAUACCCAAUUAAUAAAUUUUCAGCUAUGAUGGAAUCUUGAAAAAAAAAAUUGUGAUUUAUCUGCAUCUUCAUCUCUUGCAGGGCGCAGUGUUAUGACAUGUGAUUGACAAGCCAUUACACAAUACCAGGGAUAUUUCUCUUGUUAGGCGAAUGUGUAGCUA